AUGUUGAACAAGAUGACCUUACAUCCACAGCAGAUAAUGAUAGGUCCUAGGUUUAACAGGGCCCUAUUUGACCCCCUGCUUGUGGUGCUGUUGGCUCUUCAGCUUCUUGUGGUGGCUGGUCUAGUGAGGGCUCAGACUUGCCCUUCUGUCUGCUCCUGCAGCAACCAGUUCAGUAAAGUGAUUUGCGUCCGGAAAAAUCUGAGGGACGUGCCAGACGGCAUCUCCACCAACACCAGGUUGCUCAAUCUCCAUGAGAACCAGAUCCAGAUCAUUAAAGUGAAUAGCUUCAAGCACCUGAGGCACCUAGAAAUCCUGCAGCUCAGCAGGAAUCACAUCAGAACAAUUGAAAUCGGGGCUUUCAAUGGUCUGGCUAACCUCAACACGUUGGAACUCUUCGACAAUCGCCUGACCACUAUCCCGAAUGGGGCUUUUGUAUACCUGUCAAAACUGAAGGAGCUGUGGUUGAGGAACAACCCCAUUGAGAGCAUCCCUUCUUAUGCUUUUAACAGAAUCCCUUCUCUCCGGAGGUUGGAUCUGGGGGAACUGAAAAGGCUUUCAUACAUCUCAGAAGGUGCCUUUGAAGGUCUGUCCAACUUGAGGUAUUUGAACCUUGCCAUGUGCAAUCUCCGAGAGAUUCCUAACCUCACCCCGCUGGUAAAACUGGACGAGUUAGAUCUUUCCGGAAACCACCUGACUGCCAUCCGGCCGGGUUCCUUCCAAGGGUUAAUGCAUCUUCAGAAGCUGUGGAUGAUACAGUCCCAGAUUCAAGUGAUAGAAAGGAAUGCUUUCGACAACCUGCAGUCACUGGUGGAGAUCAACCUGGCACACAACAACCUCACGCUGCUGCCUCACGACCUGUUCACGCCGCUGCGCCUGGAGAGGAUCCACUUGCACCACAACCCUUGGAACUGCAACUGCGACAUCCUCUGGCUCAGCUGGUGGAUCAAAGACAAGGCACCCUCCAAUACCGCCUGCUGCGCCCGCUGCCACACGCCUCCCAGUUUAAAAGGAAGGUACAUCGGGGAGCUGGACCUGAAUUACUUCACGUGUUACGCCCCGGUCAUUGUGGAGCCGCCGGCGGACCUCAACGUCACAGAGGGCAUGGCCGCGGAGAUGAAGUGCCGGGCGUCCACCUCCCUGACCUCCGUGUCCUGGAUCACUCCCAACGGAUCCGUCAUGACCCACGGGGCCUACCGGGUGCGGAUCGCGGUGCUGAGCGACGGCACCUUGAAUUUCACCAAGGUGACCGUGCAGGACACGGGGCUGUACACGUGCAUGGUGAGUAACUCCGUGGGGAACACCACGGCCUCCGCCACACUGAACGUGACCGCCCUGGAGAACCCUGGCUACACCUACUUCUCAACCGUCACAGUAGAGACUGUGGAACCUUCUCAGGACGAGGCACAGACCACCGAGCAGGUUGGGCCCACGCCGGUGACCAGCUGGGAGACCACAAACAUGACGACCUCCCUCACUCCCCAGAGCACAAGAUCGACGGAGAAGACGUUCACCAUCCCCGUGACGGACGCCAGCAACGGGAUCCCAGGGAUAGACGAGGUGAUGAAGACGACCAAGAUCAUAAUUGGUUGUUUCGUGGCUAUCACCCUGAUGGCAGCUGUGAUGCUGGUCAUUUUCUACAAAAUGAGGAAACAGCAUCACCGGCAGAGCCAUCACGCCCCGACACGGACUGUAGAGAUCAUUAACGUGGACGACGAGCUGACGGGUGACGCCCCCAUAGAGAGUCACUUGCCCAUGCCGGCCAUCGAGCAUGAGCACCUGAACCACUAUAACUCUUACAAGUCUCCUUUCAACCACACAACGACAGUUAACACAAUAAAUUCAAUACACAGUUCGGUGCAUGAACCGUUGUUGAUCCGAAUGAACUCAAAGGACAACGUGCAAGAGACUCAGAUCUGA